CGAAAAUCGAGGCGUCCUUGUUACCACAACAAAAUUCGCGAAAUUUGCGUUGAUCUUGCUUGAGAAACCCUGCUGUGUUACGUGAUCGUAUCGUGUUUGGCCAUACAGUACCAGUGAGCUAGUUGGCAAAUAGACAAAUAUUACGCAGUUUGCGCACGGAGGAGGGCAUCAUAAAACCAGUUUGGCGUGUGUUUGUGCGUGUGUUUGUGUGUGUGUGUGCUAGAGCGCGCCAAUGCGAUCCGUUGUCGUCAACUGCCUUUUUUGUCGACGGUGAUGUGAUUAUUUUCCCAACUAUGGCCUUCGCGAGUGGAAAAUUCCCACCGGUGCGCUUGUCGGAUAUCGAUGGUCUGGUUCCGGAAAAUGUUCUUGACUCAUCAAGCGGGAACAAGCUGAUCGAGUAUAUACGCAAUCAAGAUGGCAAAUCUAGAAGACCCCGGCUGAAUGUGCUCUUCGAUGACGAUGACAACCAAGUACGGUUUGAGUUCGAUAAGAUACAAGUGCCAGUAAGUCCGAAGUCACCAGCGGUGGUCUCUCCAGAGUCCGCAAGAGCAAGCGAUGCGACCGUUGAUGAGGUGGUCGCCACUGAACCUCCGGCUGUGUCCCAGGCAGUGAUUACAGUCGUUCAGAAUGAAAACAGGGUGCCAUCGUUUUUGAGCCCUCGUCGUAACACCGACACUGGCCAGCAAGGGGUGCGUUCGCCUUCCACUACGGCCGCUUCUCCGGGACGAGGCAGUCCAUUCCGGUCACGGGUACAAUCAUCCAAAUUGGAUCUGAAUCGCCUAGCAUUGCUGAAGGAGUGCCAGCGUGUGAAUGAUUUAAAGUUCGAGAAACUGCGCCAAAUAGCUUCGAGUACGCCUAUCACUGGCCACAACCAGCAGGAACGAAUUGGCAAGAGUUUCAUGAGUCUCAGUAAAAGCAUCUCACCAAUUCCAGAACUAAAUUCCCCCGAAUUGGAUGCACCCGAUCGGCAACCAACGGAGCUCGGUGCUCUUUCUUCUCCCCAGCGUCGCUCCCCUGUUCCAGUUUCUCUCCAGCUUCCCUGCCCAGCUCCAGUUGCUCCAGCUCCAGUUGCUCCAGCUGCUCCAGAACGUCACUCCGCAGUUUCACCUUCUUCUCUACAACGACGUAUCAGCUGUCUCGUACCGGCCACCCAAGAUCAAGCUGACGGUAUACCUAGUCAGCAGAACGAUGUCCUGUCUUCUCCACCCCGUGCGGAGCAAAUGGUCGUUAUUCCUGAAACCCCCAGUCCAGUACACCGAAGCCAUCAGCCCAUCUCAACGCCACUCAGCGGUUUGCGACUUUUCCGCAGAUCAUCAUCUCCACGAUCUGCGGUACGUCGGACGCUUAUGAAGGAGGAAAGAGACGAUGUUUUCUCGACACCGCGUCGAUCCAUUCUCAAGCGAGAAAGUGAAACUGGGUCCGAUUCGUCCAUCAAACAUGUUAGUUUCGCGGAACAGUUGUACGAAGUUCGACACGUGUCGCCAGCGUAUAUUUGCUCGCCGCAUAACUCGGACAUAACAUCUGAUGAGAGUGAGGAAGAGGAGCAGCACGACGAAGCGGCUGUCGUUUUUACGAGUAUUGCUACGAAAGAAACGAGAAAACCGCUGGAUAAGGUUCAACCAGCGAAAAGUAAUGUGCAAGCAGCUGUCGAAGUGCGAUCACAGCCGGCUAUCGGUGAGCAGCAAAAGAAAACCAGCGAUCAUGAAGAAGAAAGCCGCGAGAACAUGGUCCAAUCUCCUGAUCCUACUAGACCCUGCAUCGAAACAAAUGACAACAGGAGAUUACACGAUCGUAUCGAAGCGCACGGAAAUGCCGAGGCUCGGGAAUCACCCAUCGCGCUCACCGUCGAAAGGUCAGAUAAGGAUGAUGCAGAGCGACCGAUCAGUCGAUCGUUUGGAACGGCGCGGGCAGGCAAUCGGACCAAUCGCAAUACGAUAAACAUGAUCAUGGAGGAUUGGGAUAGCGAGGAUAUACCGAGCACCAAUGACACUCAGCAUUUGGUAACGGAACAACGUGUACAACGUUCCACCUCACCCAACACGGAACCCAUUCCAAUCACCAACAUCGAUACACCGCGACCCAUUCUGCACGAGAUUCUCGAUCCACCAUCGGCAUUCUGCGACGAAACAGAUGCGAAUUCUGCUUCGGAUGUUGAAGAGCCCGCUAAUGGUAAAAGCGACAGAAACAAUAUGCCUCCGACGGAUGAUGGUGAAAGCUCUUCGGGAGUUUCUUCGGACGGCUCUUCGACCGUAGAAGCGCGUACCAUGGAGGCUGAGCAUAAUGGUGCCAUAGCGAAUGUACCGUAUAAUUCUGCGAUACGUAUCAAGAGCGUCAACUCACCGCACGAUCAUAUAUCGAUGAAUAUGCUUGCCGCCGUCGACGAAAUACAUCGGUCACAGAGCAGCCAAGUGGCCAAGGGUGUGGAAACAAAUCGACCGUCACAAGGUGAUCGCCGUACGCUAGUACUAACACGUAAGCGAUCCACUUUAGCUGCAGUAAAUCCGGAUGCAGUAUCCUACUUCAAAGCGAUCGAGAAGACGUGCGCUCCUAAGCGAUCGAAGAAGGUAAAAUCGGGUAAGGAGCGACGGAAGCUGUUCAUUAAAGAGAUGGCUGUCGAUGACUUGGGAGACGGGAAAGAUGAGGAACCGAAUGAACUUGUGCCGUCACCGGAACUAGAGCCACCGGAACAGGCGCCGGAACGAGAGCAAGAACCGGUGCCCCGUGCCAUUGAAAGUGUAAGCUCUUCGGCGAUCACCUGUCCUCUUGUAGCUGUGCGUCUUCAACGUCUUUCAAACGGAACCAUCGAAAGGAUGAUCGGCGUAAAGCAAACGCUGUCCACUUGCAUCAAUCCGCCUGUGGAGCCCGAACCCCCGAUGAUCCUCCUCGCCAGUCCCCCGCCAGUGACGGAAAAGCAGAAUGUGGAAUCUCCGGAGAAAGCAUGUAUGCCCAGUCAACCGAAGCGCACAAAGACCGCAAAGGCUGAGCCAUGGAAGAAAAUGGUGCGAUCAGAUGAGACACGCCAGUUGAAACAGCUAAAGGAUGUCGCGAAUGAAAUCCGCCAGCAAGUAGAAGGAACCAACAGCGAUGAUGGCCCGCUGUUUCCCGAGGAAGGAGUUCGACGUAGCCAUCGGAACAGACGACUGGCGAAGGAUGUUCUAAAGCGCAAUCCAAUCAUGAUGCAUAACGAUGUGCCAAACUAUCGGGAGCCAACGGUCAAAGAUGUGCUUCGGUUUUACCGCGAAGCUGAAAUGGCUACCGGAAAGACAGCCAAUAAACCGAAGGCACCGCGAGCACCACGCAAGACAGCAAAGACAGCGACGACCGAACGACAGCAACCCGUGCAGGAGGGGCAGGUGCAAAAGAGGGGUAGGAAACCGAAACAAAAGCAAAAACCGGUGAACGAGAUCGAUAAGGAAGGUUUUCGAAUUCCACUACCACCAUCAUCACCAUCGUCCGUCGCUUCAUCAUCGCCCAAAUCGGAAAAGGAGCGUCCACAGCCUCCCUCUUCUUCCACCUUGCUGUCCCACAUGGGUAGCUCACCCAAUGGAUUUUCACUCGAUUCCGGCCUUUCGUCGGCAACGUGCGUGUCGCACACCGGGGAUGAAACGGACAACCACCCACGUGCAGACAAAAACGCACCACGCAAACAAGACACGGCCCUUCCAAGCACCAGCAAAACCACGCAAUGCUCCAAUGUUUCCCUGCAAGAAGGAAGUACGGCCGCGGACAUCGUGGCCGAGAGAAGGCGCGUUCUGGAUUGGAUGAUGUUCCUCACCGAGUCGCAGAAAGACCGGCCAACCAAUACCCCUGCACCGGAGAAGCCUGGUUUUCGGCACUUCUCAGUCGAACACCUCAUGUUCGACCGUUCCGGCGAUAUUGAGUACUCGUUCUACAGCUUCUCGGUAACGGACAACUUCGGCUUCAUCCGGAUGCUGCCGAACGCCAAGAAGAAGACGUCGCGAGCCAAGGGCUGCGUUUUGCGAUUUCUCAUACUGAACGGUACGGCUGUAUUCACUAUCAACGGAAUCGAGGCCAAGGCCGUUGGAGGCGAUUUCUUCGUGCUACCUGCUGGCACUCGGUACCAGAUACAAAAUACAUCCGAAACGAGUUUGAUGUUCAUGAUGAAAUCUGCCGUAGCUGCGGAAUAACGGCAGCAGGAUUGCAGGGCCCGCCCGAUCCAUUGACAUAAGAUAGUACAUAUGGUUUACCUUUAUUUUUGGAUUUACACUGCGGUUUGUUAAUAAAUCCUUUUUGGAAAAUUUCUAACGUUCUACUUUGCAAGGGAACUGUGUUGAAACAUCGAUCAAUUAAACAUCAAUUCAAAGAACGUAAUAUAUCCGCACAGUUGGGUUUUGGAAUAGCGUUAAAAAUUUUUGGAUUAAGUGUUUAAAUACUGAUCAAUGAUUAGGGUAAUGUCCUACCAGUCCCAGUAUGCGUCUAACAGUCCUUUCAUUUCGUAAGAGUAAUCGAAGGGCGGCGGUUCUUUGCUAACUGUAGCAUUUGUUGGAUUCUGUUUUGUGUGAAGUGAUAGCUACUGAUUUAAUACAUACUAUAACUGUUAGCAUGGUAUGUGCAAAACGCUAACGAGGAAUAGAGCAAUGAAUUUGAUUUAACUCGGACAUAAGAUUUACAUACGAAACAUAAGAAACAUACGGCUCGACUGCCUUUAUAUAUGAUAAACAAAAAACUCGGACAUAAGACUGUUGAGUUAGGUUGUAAUAAAUGAAUUGCAUUCGUGUAUUUUUUUUAUAAUAAACUGCCGUUUGCGUAUCAGUAAAA